AAGGCAUUCAAAUAAUAAAAGAAUUUAAAAUCAUGGAAACUGAAGCUCUGGAAAAUAAUGAUACACCUUUAUCAGCAAGUGGUUCCAAAACUGAGUCAUCAUCAGAAAUACCAGUGCUUAAUAUAUCCGGAAGGGUAAAGCCGGAUUUUAAUGCUCCCCGUAUCAGGAGAAAAAAGAAGAAAGCUCCUAUUCCAGAGGAACCUAAAGUGAAUCCAGCCACGUUUCCAGUGAUCCUAAGCAGGAUCCUACUGAAGAGCAAUGUGCCACCUGUAGCUCCUCCAAAAAAAAAUCUGGAGGACCACACGCAGUACCUGUGUUUCCUGUGCCUGGUGAAACCAGCCACUCGAAAGCGCGUCUAUCACAUGUUCAUAACAACGGAAAAGGAGUUGGGAAAGGACUACGAGCAUACAAGGCGGCUCUACGAGAAUCGGAAGGAGUUCAAAUAUGUUAACAACAUAACCGUGCAAGCAAUCUGCGCUCGAGCAUUGUACCGCCUAGUUCAGAAAAAGUUCACAGAUGUGGAGUGGAACAAGCUGGGCAAUGUUUUUCAGACUGAUAUGAUCGGACAUAGUGAUAUCUGGGAUAUUUCUGACCGAGUCCGUGCCAUGCGCACCGAGGAACACGAAAGGCUUUUUAAUUACAUCAAGUUUAUACACUCAACAAAGAGCUAAUAACUAACUUUCGCAUGUUAAUUUCCACUAUUUUAAUUUGUGAUAUCUUGUAUUAAUUUAUUGUAUUAAAUCGCUUCUUAGCACACACUUUAAGCAUGGUAAA